AUGGCUCCGGCGCUGGGUCUGGGGGCGCUCCUGGGGGUCCUGGGGCUCCUGAGGACCCCGGCGGGGGCGGCGGAGGUUCUCCACUCCCUGCGUUACCUGCGAGUGGUGGUGUCGGAGCCCAGCCCGGGGCUCCCCCAGUACGUGGGGGUGGGAUAUGUGGACGGGAUUCCCUUCGCGAGCUACAGCAGCGAGCUGGGCCGGGUGGAGCCACGGACUCUGUGGAUGGCGGCUGGAGCUGAGCCGGGAUAUUGGGAUACGGAGACCUGGAUCAGCAAGAUGUACCAGCACGAGGACCCCGCCCACCUGAAGAUGCUGCAGAUCCGGUACAACCAGAGCGGGGGUCUCCACACGCUGCAGCGGGAUUUCAACUGUGAGCUCCUGUCUGAUGGGAACGUCCGUGGAUCCUUUCGGCAAGGCUUCGACGGGCAGGAUUUCCUUUCCUUUGAGCUGGGAUCCAGGAGCUUUGUGGCGGCUGAUGGUGCUGCCCAGAUCACCAAGAGGCGCUGGGAAUCUGACGGGACCAUGGUGGAGAGGUUGACAAAUUACCUGGAGCACAUCUGCCCGGAAGCGCUCCAGAAACACGUCCAGUAUGGGCAGGAGGCGCUGGAGCGAAAAGAGCCCCCUGACGUCCAUGUGUCCGGGAAGGAGGAACAUGGGAUCCUGACGUUGUCCUGCCACGCGUACGGAUUCUACCCCGGGAUCAUCGGGAUCAACUGGCUGAAGGGGGAUGAACUGCGGGAUCAGGAGACGGAGUGGGGCGGGAUCGUUCCCAACAGCGACGGCACCUUCCACAGCUGGGCCAGGAUCGAGGCGCUGCCGGGGGAGCGGGAGCAGUACCGGUGCCGGGUGGAGCACGCCGGAAUGCCGGAGCCCGGGAUCUUCGCCUGGGAGCUGGAAUCCGGAUGGAAUUUCAUCCUGGUGCUGGUCGCUGUGUCCAUCAUCACUGCCAUCAUCAUCAUCCUCAUCCUCAUGAGAUUUGGCGUCUGGAAGCUCCGAUCCAGGGAUCUUGUGCCACGGGUCCCAAUCCCACUUCAUUUCCAUAGGAAAGAGGGAGAGGAAGGGAUAUAACAUGGCAACUGGAAUAGACAUGUGAACCAACAGCUUGACCGCAGGAAUCACCACCUGAGUGAUCCAUGGACCCAGAGCAAGGGAAAUCCAAGAGCUACCAGCUGAGCUCGUCCCACUGCUCCCACCCACCCCAGCCCUGCCAUGUCUCUUCUGAAUGGAUCAUCUUCCCAUUUUCCCAUGUUUGAAAGCCAAGAAUCACAGCUAUUUCAAUGCUUUCAUUUUGGUGUGAAAAUAUCCUUCCCCCACGUCCAGCAGAGCAAAUUCCAGCGACUCCAUGACACACUCACCACUGGCCAAGGCCGAGACCAUCAGAGAUGGCAGUGACGCCGUGGGGAGAACAUACUGAAGGAGGAAAAAGUCCUUGUGCAGAUGGAAUUGGGUGCAGAGAAGAGCAGAGUGGGAACAGGGGACAGGAACAGCUCUGCAGACCCCCAGGGCAGUGCAGAAGGAGGGGGAGGAGGUGCUCCAGGCUCAGGGGCUGAGAUUCCCCUGCAGCCCAAGGAGGAGCCCACACCGGAGCAGGGAGAUGCCUAAAAAGAAGGAUGUGAGCCCGUGGGAAGCCCGUGCUGGAGCAGAGUCCCUGCAGCUGCUGUGGCCCCAGAGAGCUCCAAGGGUCUCACUCAGCACUGCUGGUUAUGGGGCCCCUACAGAGGGGGCUUGAGGCACUGGAAUUGUCCAUCCUGGCCCCAAUUCAGGUCUGUGACUUUCUCUGAAAGUUGGAGAACAAAAAUAGGAUUCCACUGGGAUUGUUCUUCAGGCAAGAAAAAUAAUAAAUUUCUGAGGCUGCUUUAAUAAGCAGCAGGAGCUGGUUAGACAGCACCAGUUCCUGGGAGCAGAGAGUGUUUCUGAGCAGCUCAGCCCAGGGCUGUUCAUCAAGGCUGAGGCCUAAGGAGCAUUUCUCAGAUCACAGGGAGGCCUGGGGGGGGUGGGAAUGCACCACCACACCUGGAAAGGUGUCCUCCCAAGGACUUGCACAGCUGGGAGGUGUUUUUACUCUCAGCCCUCCCCCCAUCCCCCUCUCCCCCAGUCACCCCCCAAGGUGCUGGACGGCCCUUCAGAUCCACCUGAGACCACCCCGUCUCUCCAAGAACCUGCAGGAGGGAAAGCAGCUGAGUCUAAACCAGCAAGUGUUCUGUCGAGCUUUAAUGUCUCACAGCUGCUUGCAAGCUUGUUUUGCUUUGUUUGCUGAAAUGCAUAAAUAGUAUAAAAAGCUUUGCGAGUUGGUGCUUGACUUGUGAAACAGCACCGGGCACCCAGCUCUGGAGUAAUAACGACUCAGUGUGUCUCUCGAGUGUGUCACUGUCGGCUUGUCGCAGCCCGGGGAACGAACGCGAUGUUUGCGGCCAAGGCCGAGGCACAAACUCGUUCCGAGCCCGCCGGGGCUCAGCGGGAAGGAGGAGCCCGCGGGCAGCCGCUGAAAUAGAGACAAGACAAAAGAAAAUAAAAAUUUAGCCAUGUUAGCAUGAAGUGUGACUUUGCAGAAUUGUAACUGCUUGCAAAUAGCCCAAAUUGUGGGCAGUUAAGAUAAAGGGGAAGUAAAGAAAUAAGGGACUGACAGGGAAAGUGGGAAAACAAAGGCUUUUAGCACAUAGCAUUGUGAGGGAGACAGGAGAGGGGUGGGGGAAAAACAGCGCUUGAAAUGAUAAAGCUUUAUGUAACUACUCUAUAAUAAUAAAAAUAGGGAUAGGUAACUGAAUGUCUAUUUAGAUAAGGCAGACUUCGUACCAAUUCUCAAAGAGUGUAUAUGAUAGGUAAUUUUUGAAACUUACUCCUUCCAAAUGGAUAAAAGCUGUUGUGUUUCUUUCCUCAGUGGAAUGCACGGGGGGACGAAACCCCUUUGCAUUGCC